AUGAAUCAGGAUUACAAGAAGAAUGAGAAGUGGAGACUGGAGACUAACCCGAAGGAGAAGUCGGAGGAUGAACAGAAGACACCAGACGAGGAACAGAAGGUAUCAGAGCCUCACACAGAAGCUUCAACAGAAGACGACGAACUUCAAACGAUAUUGGUGUGCUUCAUACGAACUUCAGAUGAGGAAGAUGGCGGCGCCGUGAACGGAGAAGAAGAUGACGACGUCAUGAAUGGAGAAGAACAUGAUGGUGUUCGUUCGUUCCUACCUUGA